AUGAAGACUCUGAAUGUACUGACGUUUCUUUGUGCCUUGACGGCUCUGAGUCAAGCUGCUGGUGCCAGCGAGGAAACUGAGAUUGAGGAAAAGUUUUAUGAAGCCGAAGCUGGAAACUGGACAGAUCCAGCAGAUGUAGAAAAUGGAUCUGAAGUGGAGGAGGCUGCUCCACAGGCAACAAAUGAUCUGCUUAGGAGUUCUUGUCCUGCUGGUUGGUGGCAGUUYAACCGUCGCUGCUUCAUCUACAUUCCCAGAACCUUGACUUGGGCGAUAGCCCAGAGAAACUGUGUGUCUAUGAGGGCAACCCUUGCAUCSGUCCACAGCGUUCAGGAGUACCAUUACAUCCAGAGGUUGAUAACAGCUGCAACUCACGGAUCACCAGAAACAUGGMUUGGAGGCUCUGAUGCUCAGCAGGAGGGCGUUUGGCUGUGGAGCGAUGGGAGUCCCUUCCACUACUCUCACUGGUGCCACGGAGAGCCAAAUAAUGACAGAAACCAGCACUGCCUACAGAUGAACUAUGGAGGACCCAAGUGCUGGGAUGACAUGUGGUGCAACCAUCAUCGUCCGUCAGUCUGUGCCAAAAACAUCUGAGAUCUCACUGACAGAAAUCCAACAAAUGCAACUGGAUGGGUUGUUAUGUGUCUGCUUUUACAUUUUAACGAUCAAACUUGAUUCAAAAUUUAAAAUUAUAUUUUGAAGUUUUAAAAUAUUUCCUCUGUAUAAUAAUUAAAUAAUCGAGAUAUAAGG